AUGUCCUCUAAUUGGGACCAACCCGUACAAGUAACGUUUCGAGGUGUAUCUCUCGCUAAUGAGGAACUUAGUUUCAAAAAAGCCUCUUUUGUUAUCAAUCCUCGUUCUGACAUCUAUCGGUACUGGGAAACUUUUAGCUCUGUUUGUAUUUUCGUCACUUGUUUGAUCGUCCCUUUUCAAGCAAGUUUCAAUUCGGAAUUUGCGACAUUAUGGGCUUUUGCCUACAUCUUUGAUGUGUUGUUUUUCUUGGAUGUGGUGCUGAGAUUUUGUGUUGGAUAUUUCAGCAAAGGAAACCUUAUCACCGAUAAAUCAUUUAUCCGUAAACGCUAUCUGCGCGGCAAGUUUUUGCUGGAUUUACCGUCUAUCAUCCCCUUGGAUUUCUUAGUUUUCGGAGUUGGAAAACACCUCAGAUGGCAUCACACUUUGUCUUUGCUGAGAUUAAACCGGAUUUUGAGAGUUUACAGACUCUUGUCGUUUUUCGGUAAGUUCACUCUGUAACACUGUAGCGGUUUGAAUUUAUCAGUUAUUUGUUUAGUAUUAAAUAUUGUUUGUAUACUUAAAUAGUGAGCGUUUUUUUACUGCUUCGGAUAAUAUCACCUUCAAUUUAAGGUGCUAGCGUUAAUAGAAACGUAGUUUUUGCGGAUAUCGCCUCUUCUUAAAGACUUUAAAGAGGAAAAUACAUCAACGGAAGAAAAGCGCGCGCGUGCAUAGUUUUAAAACUGCCACCUUCGCGUGCAGUUGCUAACAUAGCAACUUCACACGCGUGCAACAUUCCCUGGCAACGUAGUUCGCAACAUCCACUAGCAACUUAUUUCGGUGCGGCUUUGCUAUGUUUCUCGUUCAAACGAUCCAAUUGUCUAAAGUCAUCGUCCUUCGCUUACAAGAAAUUGUAGUAAACUUUGAUUGUGCAUGCAAAAUAUAAUUGAAAAAUUCGCCAAAAGAUAUAUUGGGCCCAUCUCAAUGUAUAACUCAUUCUUGCCUCAUUCAAACUAAGCGUCCAGGUUUUUAAUAGGUUUCAAAGAAACUGUUCAAUUAGUGUCUAAAUCAAGUCCAAGAAUUAAAAUGCAACCACCAUUUUGUACGAUUUACUAGGCGGUAGUGGUCUUUUGCUUUCGAUUUUUGGCAAGCCUUUUUUCAGGGUGCUUACAUGUAAGAAAAAACAACAACAACAAAAACACCAGACGCACUUUAUUUGAGUGUCAGUGUAUUUAGCAAGAAAAUACUUGAGGACGCUGCUAAAAUGUCUCCUAUACUGGAAAGAACAAGACCGCCAAUGUUGGCGUGGUUUAUUAUAAACCGUUUGCAGGACAGAGGGAGUACCUUCAUUUCUUAGUUGUUUUAAGACCCUGAGUAAUUGUCCGGUCCGGAGAUCGAACAUGCAACCUUCCGCUCUACAACCAAACGCUCUAACGACUGAGCUAGUCCUGCCAUAAUGGCAACAGGCUACACUUUGCACUUCGUUCAGGAAUGAACGCUUGGACAAUCUCGUGUUAAGAAAAAUCGAUUCUCUUUCUUCAUUUGAUGAAAACGUAGAAACAAUAUAAGGUCUUUAAUAAGACUCAAAACUAAAACUUUUUUAAUAUUCCUAAUUUUUAGGGUCACGAGAGAACGAACUCGGGACUAACACGUCCCUCAUCCGUGCUAUUAAAUAUGCUACGAUCGGUACAAUCACAGUUCAUUUGAUGUCUUGCGUGUGGUAUUCACUGGCAUGUCCAAACAUCGGAGCAGCGGACACCUCAUGUGAUCCUAACAGCUGGGCAAUGAAACUUAACACAGGUGAAUCAUUCUAUACUUUCGUUUUAAGAGUACCUUACUAGACCAAUAUAUAAAGAAAAAAAAUGAAAAGAAGUUUCUUCUUUUUUCUUGUUUUUGCAUGCAAGUGAGAUACCACUGAUCGAUACUUGGCGAUUCAUUUUGAUACUUUUACACCGAAGUAUAACCGGGGCCCAGUUGUUUGAAAGCCAAUUAGCAUUUUCUCGGAUAAUUUUCUCUAUUCGUUUUAGAGCAUCCAAUAACCAAAUUUAAAAUUAAAAGAAUUAAACAGCAUUAAUUUACCUUUUAAGCUUUCAUAUCUAAAUUCAAAAUUCGCACUAAUCCUGGGUUAUCAUGACCCAGUUAAUUUUGAACAACCCGGAAAAGAGACUUUUAUUAGCCUAUAUUUUAUCCUCUUAACUAAUGAAAUUCAUCUCCUAUAAAAAAUACUCUGAUCGUGAACUCAUGUUCAUUUUUGGAUGAAAAGGUUUAUGGAAGCAUUUAGCUUAUCAUAGAAAAUUAACGCUUGUGUUAAUUAAGGUAUUAAAAGAAAACGUAACUUAAAUUAGCAUCGAUGGAUGGAAAAACAACGUUUUCUAUUAAUUGAAAUUAACGCGACAUAAAAUGGGUAGAGACAACAAUGUUCGAAGAACUUUCCCCAAAGGAAGGGCUUUAGCUAAGCGAAGGAAUUCAGCAUCUUUUAAAGUUCUACGUGCAGUUCAAGUAAUAUCGGUCCAUCACCCACUCAUGAAAUAACGCUUUUUACUAGAAAUCGGGAACAAAAUAAAAAUGUGAAUUUAGGUCACAGAAAUUAAAAACCCAUUUAAUUGCUUAAUUUUGUUAAUUAACGUAAGCAAAAUCAUGAAGCACUAAUUUCCUAAAAUAAGCUAUCGAAUUAAUCAUUUGCCUUCUGUACCAUUUAAAAAAAAGAGUCGCAUUGGAUGAUCAUUUGAGGUCUCAAAACGCCAAAAAUAAGCCUAAAAUGUGGAAAUAAACUUUACCCCUCCUAAAGUUUGGUUGUCAGUUCUUCUUUUCUGGGUAACUUUGGUAGAAAAUGUCGCCAUUUUAGGGUUCAUAUGGCACAGUUGGGGCUGCCUGUGCUUUCUCAAAGAAUUUUCCCUUCGCACUUCGCACUGAGCCACAACUUCGCAUUUUUUUCUUUUCACCUUUUUUCAAAAACAGGUAUAGAGCUUGUUGGAGUUUGGAAGAAAUACGUUUUAUCACUGUACUGGGCAACGGCAACAGCAACAUCCACCGGGUAAGACCACAGUCACUUGGUGCACAUGAAACGUAAUACAGUUUUUUAUUUAUCAGUAGAAAUUAUCAGUCACAAUCAUUAUCUCAAUAACAUCAUCAUCUUCAUUGCCUCUCCUCAAGAGAGGAGUUUGAAGGACUAUUUUAUCCUUUUAUAGGCGUUCAGUUAUUGACGACACCAGAUACAAGUUUAUCACAUGGUCGCUUACGGAAACCCAUUCUCGAAAACCACUACAGCUAGCACUAGUUGCGACCACCUUCAUGAAAUUCCCAAGGUGGUAGCAGAGGUAGCCUGUGAAUACAGUCGUCUCUCCUUUUCUCUUCGCCGCUAGGAACUUUUCGCAGGAGAGAAAACGAAGGGAAAAAUGAAAAGAAAAGAAAAAGCGAAACGUCCCUCGCAGCGAGGAAAGACGGGUGUAUUUUUAAGCUGCAAGGGAGGUUGCUUACAAGAGUAUCAUUGUGGGCCGAGUUAGCAAAUACUAAACGAGAACACAAAAGCGAGCGGAAAAGUCUGGGCACAACUUUCUUUGCUCAAUUUGCCGCUUUGCCACUGGUCAAGAUGGUUUUGAUUUCUGCGCGACCAAUCCCCUGAUUUAUGCAUAAGUGAUGAGUUCAAACAAUAGAACUGAUAAUAAUAAUAAUAUUUCUAAUAAUAAUAAUAACAUUUAAAAUUUUAUCGUUGUAAGGGUGAAGGUAAAGUUCCUUAUGUUACGUCAGUAACUCGUAACAACGGUGCGCUUAUUUUACUCCCUCUCUCCAUCAGUGCUCAGUUUUAAGGUAUAUUUUAUAGUCACUUUAAGCUACACGGAAAAAAAAAUGAGAAGGCGAAACAAGGAUUCUAGUGAGAUCACAGCUGGGAAUCAAACUCGGAAUCUCGCGCACAGAAAGCCGCGCAUGCGCACUUACCCACUGUGCUCAGUUCCUUGUUUGUCUUAAUAAAACCGUACUAAUUAUACUCCUUGUAAUAAAACCACAAUCAGAAAAGCAACUUUUAAAUGCAGACAUUUCGAAAACACUAACAAAACUUGGAUUUAAAAUAUCCGUUUUUGUUUUAUUAUCAGCUAUGGGGAUCUACACGCCGUGACCGAAGAAGAAAAAUGGUUUUCAGUGUGCGCUAUGUUAGUCGGAAUCGGACUGUUUUUUGGUUUUAUCUUGGGUGGAAUGGCUUCCAUGCUGACUAACUUGGAUUCACAACGAGCAAGAUAUAUACACCAUCUUAACGUCAUCAAGGAUCAUAUGGUAAGUACUGUGUCGUUUUUGAUUAGUGAAUAUUGGCAAAGAAAAUUAGGAAAUUUUUGUCAAAGAGUCUGCGGAACCUGCAAUUUAUACUUGGAACCGUAAUUUGUCCUUUCCUAUGAGGACGUGGGGUGCUGGGGCUCGUUUCUCGAAAGUCUCGGUAACUUUUCAGGCUCGAAAUCAAACAUUCAGGUCAAAAUCUAAAGAAUAAGAGCGCAGGUUCCAGCUAACAGACCAGCGCAAUUUGCUUUGUUGAACAAGAUCGAUCUUGAAAAAAAAAAUGCUGAACAGCACAGACAUUCCGGGCCCCUUAUAUAAUUAUUUAUUAAGACUUUCAAGAAAUGAGUACCCUGGGUGCCAGAGACUUUUCUAGCACGGUUUCCGGUUUCUGUCAAGUCUUUAUAGUGACCCUUCGGCCAACACCGAAAAUUCCAGCAGCACGCGAGAAAAACCUCUGGUACCCAGGGCAAGAAAUGAGUUACUGGGAGUUUUUCUUGCUGAAAGUCGCUUAUUUCGUAGCUAUGAUAAAAUUUAGUUGGAGAGGCAAGGCAAAUUCGAAGGGGGUGCAUAUUUUAAGGGGGUGCAUAUUUAAAGUUAUGAUGGUCAACUAGAAGCGGAAUUGAAUUCAGGUGCUCCUGGAAUUCAUAAAUGAUAAUGUGCAAUGGCUAUGAAGCUCUGAGAUAAGCUUAUCAGAUUCCUUUAUUGUUGUUGUCAGCUUGAUUGGACUUGACCGUGUACAAAGUUGGAUAGCAUUCCUAUCACGUUGCAUUAAUUUAUUCACUCACAAUUUGUGGACGAAAAUUAAACGGAUCGUGCACGGUCCAAGGGAGCUCCCAACAAAGACUAUGAUGCACCAUUGUCUCUAAUGUUUACCUGCCUUAAAUAAUCAGUUUCCCUUUCCUCCUUAUCGCUAUGUUGAAAUGGAUCUGGUGAGAGAGGGUGCCCUUUGGUUAUUUUACUCGUCUUUAAUUUGUAAACCUCACCUGCAAUAGGCUGAUUUAGCAACAGGAUAGGAACGCCAGUUGACGACGGGGAAAACGCGCGGAAAGGACUAAACACGACUUCCGGUGCUCAAUUUGCCGCUCUGCCAUUGGUCAAACCAGUUGUUUGAUUUGCGCGCACCGUCGUCAACUGACGUUCCUGUUCUGUUGCUAAGUCAGCCUAAUCCCGCUCUUAACAUCUCUUCCCAAGUAGCUGCCCAUGUGUCUCCGUGGAUGAUACCUUACCGUCCUAAGCUCGUUCAAUCCCUUUAGUUUAUAAAGUUUCACUUCCAUUCAUCAGUUCCCUUCUUUUUCUACUGCAGAAUGACAUGAAGAUCUCGUCUUCUAUACGCUCCAGAGUGAUGGCCUACUACGAAUACCUGGUAAAGACAGCCUUCUAAUUUUUAGGUAGCAUGCCGGCAUAAUAUAGCUGGCGGUUUUGAUGGAAGGAUGGAACAGGGAUUUUUUUAUCCUAAUCCAACAAAUCCACCUGCAGCACAAGCUCCAUUCUAAACAAUCACUUUUUUAUUUAAAAAUCAAGUUAAGUUAGCUUUUUAGGAUUUCCUGCUAAGAAUAAGGUAUCCAAAAUGAUUUAACUGAGUGUACGUAUUUACACAUUAGAGAGAUUUAGCGUGACGUUUAUUGCAAACUGUAAACGUCAGAUUCAAGUUCAGAAUUUCUCAAAAUAGAAAACGUGCAGCUAAAACCAGUCCAAAACGAUUGUUAUGGACAAAACUAACGCGAAGUAACUAAUUUUGGGGUAGAGUCUUGAUCAGUAAAGCACAAGUAAAGGCGAAACAUGGUCACGUGUUACAAAACGUGACCUAAAAUCUCUGUCAAAAGAGGCAUAUAAAUGGGUGUCUUACAAAGGCAAUUGUGCUCUAAUAGUGUUUUGUCGCCCGAGAUAGCCGGAUAAAACAAUCGCGGUGUAAACUACAAUUUGGGAAUGAUAAGUAGCAAGUAAGUAAGGUGAGAUGGGGAGUUUAAGAGCUUAACAACGACCAACGAGAACGGCAAAAUGAAAGGAAAGUAGUAGGUUUAGAUUUGCAAGAACACAACUCAGCACGUGUUUUAAGCUUUUUUGUACAUUUCUUUGCCGUUGUUGCACGACUACGACAGGAAACGUCUUAAUAUCACGUUUUAUGAAUGACGUGAACACGAGAAAAAGAUUAGAUUUUUCUUUUUCAGAACUUAGAUACAAUAUAAUUCAAAUCCAGAAAAAUUCGCCCAAAAUUGAACAAGAUGGAAAGCGAAGAAGUUCGAAACAGCCCGAAUUCACUUUUUUGUGACGUAUUUGUUGCUUUCGCUGUCGUAGAUUCUAAAGUUCCCAGUUGGCAAAGGCUACGACGACGAGAACGUCAAAAAACACCGGGUUUGAUUUUUAGUUAGCAAAACAACGACUCUGCUCGUUUAUCACACUGUUACGACAUGUCAUUUUCUUAUAACUUCACGCUUCAUAGAAAAUGUAAACACAAGACGGUUUAAAUUGCGCGAGCUGUGUUGUGUUAAUUGCAUGACUGCAUCCAUUCUUUUUAAACGUUUUUCUAGUUAAACUUGCUGACAUUGUGAUACAUUUUACUUUUCAGUGGACUCAUAAUAGAGGCGUAAGUGGAGUCGGCAUGUUCGAUGAUUUACCGCUAACGUUUCAGGCUGAAUUGUCCCUUAUGAUCAACAAGAAAGUUUUGGAAAAGGUAUUUAAUAAACUUUUAUAAACUCUUUUUAUCCAUUGGCUGAUAAAACAAAUAACGAACACUUACCGAAACCAUGCAUUUUUCAAGGUCAUAUACGAAAAUCACUCUAAUUGAAUAUCUGUAUAUUUGAUCAUUUGCAGGCGCCUUUGUUCAACGGCCUUAACCCUGGCUUCAAGCGCAUGCUCUCUUUGGUUAUCCGUCCAGUUUUCUACAUGCCCAAUCAGAUUAUAGCCAGCAAGGGAGACAUAGGACAUCACAUGUUUUAUAUUCAUCGAGGGCGCGCAGAGGUAUGUUGAUCUUACAGUUAUCUUUUGGGCCAAAUACUUACAAAUUUGGCUGGAAUUUGGGAGUUAUUAUUUAGAGACAUCUUUUCUGGCGAUAUACAUGUAUCACACGAGAGCAUGAAUUGAACAAAUAUCUGUACCUGACAAAAAUAAAUUAAAAUUACUACAAAGGAGGAUCGACCUGUUAUUGAAAGGUCAAUGUUACAUCGGGUAGAUUCAGCAAAGGAAACCGAAAUCACAGUGAUGCCGAUGGUGCUUGCAGAGUUUAGAAACCAUAUCUAACAACCUGAAGUUUUGUCUGGUUCCUUUCGCGCUUUCUCGUUUGACGUUGCUUUGUCUUAAAAGAAAUCUGCUUUGCGUGUACUUUUUGCUCAAGCUGAAAUAGGUUCCCAAAUAAGCAUACCGAAAUAUCAAAAGUAGGCAAAAGAAGACCGCAAAUUGUAACGUUUAGACUUGACACAAGUUAACCGCAAGAGUGUUGAAGGCACGAGGAACACCUGCACGCGACGCUUUUCCCGCCUGACCACCUGACUAGCAGGAGCCGAAAACAGGCUUUGAAAAAGUCUAAAUGACAUUUCAUGCUUAUUUUUUUCGUUGGAUAUGUUCUUACAUUUAUUUUAUAGGCUAUUAACCUAGUGCGUUUUACAUUUUUUUCCAAAGAUUCUUUGCGAAGACGAUGAUGAAGUCUUGGUAACUUUGAAAGAGGGAAAGUUAUUCGGCGAAGUAAGUAAAUAAGUCCAUAACUCAACAAAGGCAAUUUUUAGAAUCAUUUGUACUUCUCUCGGGAAAAGAAAGUGGGGAUAUCUUAUGGGCGGAACGUGAAAGACUUGUCCAAUAUUUUUCAAUUUGGCCAUUUAGAAUCAGUUCCCCUUUUAAAUAGUAGAAAGCAGAGGAAAAGUGAUUCAUCAAAAGUACGAAAACAAGCUAACUAAAGACAUGAAGUAAAACUUCUUAGGGCGAUUGAGUCUGUUGUAAAAAAAACAAUCCGCUUCACCGGCCCUCGAAGAGCUACUUACCGAGAAGACUCCCUAAACAAAAACUUUUAUCAUCUGACUAACUCUGCCCCAAAGAUGUUAAGCGAAUCCUGCGUCCUGAUAGACCACUCGAGGCGACUGGAAAUGCCACAAAAAAAACUCUUUUUUAACCUUAUUAUAGCUUGAAAUAGUGGGUCUUGUGCGCCUAUGUGCUUUUAUGGAGGAAACAAAGAACUUUGCCAAUACCAGCCAUCUUGGUCAUCCUAGUCCUAGCAUAUAUGUAUUUGGCUUGCUCAUACUUAUUUCUCAGUUUUUCAUGAUCGUACUCUCUUAUAUUAGGUAAGCAUGGUAUACAAUCUCCCAAGGUCAGCUUCUGUACGCGCAGCCACUCCAUGUGUUAUCUUUUUACUGGAUCGCGCGGAUCUCAACAAGGUUCUUAAACAUUAUCCUGAAGGUUAGUGAGUGUUUCCAUAUUGAGCAAAACAAACACAGAAUUGCAACAAAUUUGAGCUCUUUUGUGAUAACAAUGAAUUUAUUUCCAACUUACUGUCAAGAGAAGUGCAGAGAAUAUUGAACUGGACAGUGGGCGACACCUCUCACAAUGUCCACAGUACAUACCAUCAAGACCCGUUUUACCCCAGUCGUGUCUUAAGUAAGACGCGAACUUCUCGUACAAAUGGCGCAUUUGGUCGGAGAUAAGAUUAAACCUACCUAAGACGUGUGUUAUAAAACAGCGGUUUCCUUUUAAAACUGUUCUUAAUUAAGGCUCGUCUUAGCUAAGACAGAGAAAACCUCGUACAUACUCUUAUGUUAGACGCGAACGCAUAGCACGCUUGCGUUAUUUCAAUACGCGGCAUAUAUUGGAAUGCCGUUGCUACAGGUAACAUUCGCACGAAAACGCGUCUUAUUUUAAAGUUACUGAGCAUAGACCUUGAUAAUGAUGGGUAACACAGUAAACCUAGAACCUCUGUUGCGUACGGGAAAGAGAUUCUAAGCUCUUUAGGAAGCAAACGCGGAUUGGAGUCAGCCCAUUUACUUUGCGGGGUGUUUUAAUGACUCCCGUACAGGUAAUCUAAAAUAUUGGCUUGGAGAAUCACUCUCGAGGCAUUUCCUAGUGUCCGAUAACGUUUUCAGCCAGUAUGGCAAGGAGCAUUAGAUGGCUGGUUGCAGACGAUGGCCAGUCAUGUGACGCGUUUUGCAUUUUUCCGAGAAGCUCCUAAAAAUUUGUAGCCUACUAGUUAAUUUGAAUUUUUCUAUAUUGGAACCAGCUUGAAAAUAAGCUCCAGACCAGUAAGCGUUGUUUAUUGGUGUUUAUUUGGAUUAAUCGAGUAGUUUUUCUUUAAGUUUAAUAUUCAGUGUAGAAAUAUCUCUUAACUUUCAGUGGCUGAACAGCUGUAUUUAGCAGUUGAACAUCGAUGUGACAUCAACAACUUGCAAGUGGGAAGUGACCAAAAUGUUUACCUGGAUAUGGAAAAUGAGCAAGCAGAGGAAUGGUUAAGGCAGAAUGUGGUUAGUAUGAUUUUCUGUUAGUAGUAUACUUAACUAGCCAUUGUUCCACGGAUCACUGAUUAAGAAUUUGGGAAGAAGGACGGCUUGUCCGUCUCAAAUAUCGCGACACCCUAAGUUUCUUGUCUCUUUGCUGUUUUGUUAUUUAUGUCUAUAAGAAUUGGACUCAUUGAUCUGUGUAUGAACAAUGAGGUGGAUCUAGAGCAUUGGCCAGGAAAGAUAUCGGGAAAGGGGUUGGGUGGGUGGGCACCUCAAAAAUACCUACAAACUAUUUCCCGUGACUAACAGGCCCCCCCUCCCCCCCAAAUACCCCAAUCCCUCACACCAUUUCUCUGGGAAAACACGCUUCGAACCCUGGUUCUCACGGGCUUUGAAAAGUCCUUAAAAAUUGGAAAAUUGUGAGAUAUCCUUGAAAAGUCCUUGCAUUUUCCACAGUCGCAAAUAUAUAAUUUUGUUGCAAUUCAGUGCUUUUUUCACAUGCAGCGCUUAAUCAACUCCCGUGGAGCAGUUUUGACCAGUUUGAAUAGCGUGUAGAUAAAUUUAGUGACAACGGAUCUCUUGACUAUGAAAUGUACCUAAAAGAACUUGUUGUUCUUUCAUUAUCCUUUCCCCAUUUUAGCGUAAAUAUUUUGACCGUUAAUUCUCAUUUAUAAGUCACGUGACGAAAAUUUGAGCUUCUAAAAUAUCUCAUAUUGCUAAGGUCAUUUAGCUACAUUUGAAGUCCAAUUUUGAAGUCCAAUUUUCAGGAUCAUUGACAGUGGCGGGGCCAGACCUACAGAUAAAGGGGAAGGGGGGGGGGGGUGAAAUAGAUAGUCAUUAUUCAAGUGGCCUAAGUCGUCAAUUAUCAUUUGUUGUUACUUGAAGUAAUAGCUUCAUUGUGAAGAAACAUGGGAUCUUUUUCAUACAUCCUUGCUCAUGUUAUCACUUCAUGAAUCUUGUAAUAUCCUACUAAAUAAAAUGGAUUCACUGUAAACAAAGCGUGUAGAUGAGACGUCAAGGUUACGGAGUAUCUUCAUUCAGACAACUCUUCCCUCAAGCUUCUUUUCUUUAACAAAAACCCGCGAAUCGUUUUGUCAUUUGUUGUAACCUAUGGCUUUGUCCAAAUUUUUUGCAGGGCUAUAAGGAACAGGCGGAACCAAGGAGGUAUCUAGAAAAUCUGUUUAUCGUUAUAUACUGAAGGAGUCGACUUCUCUAUACUCAGACCAUAACUAAUUGCAUUUUAUAAUAUAUUUGUAUGCGAUUGAGAAUGGCAACUGAAAAGGUUAUAAAAAGACUGUUGUUUCGUGUGUAUCGUACGUGUAGCCCUACCCUCCCCCGCCCCCAAAGAAGCUAGGAUAAAGUGGCCGAGGGCGAGGCUACUCGUAGGCUAUUUCUUGUAGUGUAAUGAGUAUUCUUGCCUUGAGUGAAAGCGAGGCUGGAAAUACCCUAGUUUUGAUAGAAACCUCGCUGUCUUUAAAAUGUUGACAUGUUCCUAUGUAUAUGAAUAGCGAAGCAAGUCUCCGUCAGCCUCGCUUCAACUCGAAGGCUAGGUUACUUAGCAUAUAACUGUAAAUUCGUCUGUUAUAUAAAAGGUUUAUCUCUGAUUACUACAUUUUUUCAAUUUCAGCCUCUUGUGGAAGUUGAGUCAUUACGUCAUAAAGCCCGAAUCGUUGUUCGCUCUAAUGUGGGAACGAAUAGUUCUCGUGGUACUCAUAACUAUCUGCUUUGUGUAUACGUUUGUGGCCUCGUUUUCGAUCAGCCUUCACGCCAUUGGCUACGGUGAGACUAUCGGCUCGCAAGUACUACUAGUCAUCACUUACUUGCUGGAUUUUGUUCUUCUGGCCGACUACCUUUUGAGGUUUAACAUUGCUUCUGAAACAACAACAGGUAAUUAGGCGAAUUUGUCAUGUGAAUUCAGGUAACCUUCCUGUUAACACAAGCUGAGACAAGCUAAGUUUUAUAUCGGAAUUCAAGUAGGAGCUUUCUCUGAGCAAUUUAUUUCCACCAUAACAAAACUAUGGCCCCGUUCACACGUAUCUAUUCUUGUUUGAAAGCGGGCUAUUUUUUGCCUCCGGUUUGACCUACCGUCCACUUGUGUCCGGUGAACGCGGUCACCCAAAACGCAUCCUUUCAAAAACGCUCUCCAGAGUAGAAACGUUUGACAACGCCGGCUUCUCGUUUACACGUGGGCCGACGAAAAUGGAGCUUUUUUUUUAACACGAUGAUGACAUACAUUAUAUACUUCUAGCAUGACUCAUGCUCCGAAAGGCAUGCUAUCGUAUUUCCAUCGUUUAAACGUUUUACGAGUAGGCGGGAGAAAACGAUUCGAAUACGCUACGUCUGGAUGCGUAUUUUAUUGUUUUUCUUUUUUGUAGAAAGGACCUAAAACACAUCGCAUAUCCUGAUCUUUGUUGUCUUGUUCAUACACAACAAAUAUUCCUGAAAUUUUUCUGACGUUCGCAGUUUUGGUGGUUGGGAGCUUUAGCAACGACGGCUGCGACGACAGCGAAGACGUCACUAUUAAAAAGUCAUCGCGUUUUUUGAAAGUUUGUCGCGAUUAUUUUAAAUUGCUUGCAUGAAAUGUCAAAUGUAGGUACAUUUUUGCCAGGAAUUCGUUGGGUGCCGAACUUAAGUUUAUGUGCGUUUAUGUCCUCCAUAAAACGUCCUGUGAAACAAUUAUGUGGUGACUGAAAAGAAAUGUACAAAAAGGGUGUGCCAGUUGCACAUGCGCGCUGAGUUGCUGUUUUGCUUAAUAAACCUAUUGCUUUUUCGACAUCCUCGUUCACGUGGCCGUCGUCGUCACUGAAAUUCCUUGUAAUAUCGGACAAAGCUGAUACGACAAUGAAAGUAGGGUAUCUAUAAAUAAGAUGUAGGUUAAUUAUAUCAGGCAAAAAAUCAACAUCAGUUCUAGUGGAGGAUAGCAACAGUGGUCGUUGGAUAAUAAUAUCAGACGAAUGAUAUCCGCAAGCCUCGGUAGCAGGCGCAAAAAGGGAAAUGGAAAGGAGUAGAAAAAAGGCAAAAGGGAAACCCCUCUUCCCAAAUCCCUUCGCCUUCCCUCUUCUCCCCCUCCCUCCCAUUUCGACAUAGCCUGCGUAGCAAGCGUUCCCAGUCGAGUUAUAGCGACACAGUUAGAGCGGGAGCAAAAAAAAAAUGGAAGGGGGAGGGGGAGGGGAGAAGAGGAAACGCUGUUUCCUUCGCUCCCUUCCCCCCUUCCCCCCUCCCCCCUCAUUCCUUUAUUUUUUUGCUCUCGUCCCAAUUCAACUUUCUCGACGAACUCGCGCGGAAACGCGUGCUAUGCAGGCUAAUUUCGACACCCCGACGCCUGGCACGCAUGCUAGUUAUCCGCUGACCCUCUAAUAAUAAUUCUAUGUGCCAUUCCUCUAUUUCAUUCUUACUAAAUUAUAUCAGGAAAAUUAAUACUUGGUCUACAAAAUGUGGACGAUGAUUUAUUAAAUCCUUAUUUUCGUUAUUUCCAUUUGCUUUAGAACUCAAGGAAAUACGAAAGUCUUACAAAUGGAGCCUGUUUUUCUGGAUUGACCUGUUGGCUAUCCUGCCGAUUGAGGUCUUCGCCCCUUCUGAGACUGAUUUUCACAAUAGAUGGCAUUAUUUCGCUUUCCUGCGCCUGAAUCGACUUAUAAAAGCCAUCCGGGUAAGAUAGCCCGGCUGGGACACCCUCUCGCCUUCACUACUCUAGCUACUGAUUUUCAUUUGCAAGUUGACGCCGUUAUGAUGAGCAAUGAUGAGUCGUUCUACCUACUGAACCUUAGCACAAUUCCUAUUUAGAAAUUCCAAAACAAUUUCAACGCAGAAUUCUGAAUAACUUUCUAGUUGAGGACUUCUGCUCCAAUGAAUGUGUUUUUUUUGGCACAGUUAUUAUAUCAAUAAAAGCUGAUACUACAUAGAAAUUUCGGUACAAGAUAUCAGCAAAAUUCUCCCCUAUACGCCUAUAUUCUCCCCUGUUCUUUGAUAGGUAGGGUACAAAACGUUUUUUUGGCAAAACAAAAAUAAAAAAUAAAAAAAUACCGCCCGCUAAAUCUGAUUAUUUUAUGUUAUUCUCAAAUCAUAGCUGUAAUUCUUUUCAACUUUUUGUAACCAUCAUGUUAAAACCGAAAAUGCUAAGACGAAAGGUCGCCAAAAAUGCGCUUUUUUUCAGUUUUGAUUAAAAAAAGCGGCUGACGACUCUCACACAAGACUGUGCUUUGAGUGUUGUCUAGACACCGAGUAGUGGGUGAAGGAAAUAUGGUGUAAACGAAUCUUUUAUUUAUGAAAUGAUUCGAUGGAAAAUAUCAAUAAAUUUUGUAGUAAUUAUUAUCCGACAAAUAAUUCCUUUCUAACAGCAGUAAUUCUCCUUGUUUUCUCAUAAUGAAUUAUCAAUGACUUUCCAAGAAGUAUCCCCAAAGAAACAAAUUUCACGUGGUCUUUUCCAGAUCCCUCGUUUCUUCACCAACUUAGAGAACAGCCUGAGUUAUAGCAUCGGUAAAGUGCGAGCCUUAAAGUUUACAAUUUAUAUCAUCUUGAUCACUCACAUUAGUGGCUGUGUGUGGUUUCUGGACGCCUGCUAUGGAAAAGAGUAAGUUGGCAACUUAGCUGCUUUAAGCCAGCGAAGCUGGUGAUUUGUUUGGCGAGAGGGCAAAUGAGCGGCGAAGCUGUGAAAACGUCGGCGAACUGUCGGCGACCUCUUCGAGAAAGAAAUUCUCCUUGUUCCCGCCCCAUUCUCCUUGCGGCUAUGCCGCUCACUUAAGGUCUCGGUAAAUGAAAAUUUUAGUACAUUGCUCGAUUUUGUUUUUUUGGGAUUUUUGGCAUGAGUGGGUCCUAAAUUUUAUUUUGGAAGAAAAAGAAAAUCAGAAAGUGCUUUUUAACCCUUCUAAAAUGAGCCUUUUCUGAGCUAACCAGCUAAGCGUGGACCUCGCGCUAAACUUUCGAGCUGACCUCUAUUUUAGACGAAAAAAAAAUCCGACCUCCAGUCGGGACAGGUUUUGUUCGCUUUGAAACUUUCAGAUAUGAUGGAUAAUGAUAUUCUCGAGGAAUUUUCCGAUUUCCCUUUGUAACUCAUUUUAUGCCGUUUCUUUGCGUAAAUCGCGCUCGAGAUUCGACUUUUUAGUUUGAAAUGCAAUAAUUCCGCUACUACGAGUCAAACAAAUCCGUCACUUUUUUUAGGUCUUUUAUCUGUCAAUCAGAUGCAAAAAAAGGAAGUGAAUAUUUAACAACGCGAACCCCAGCAGUAAACUCGAUACCUCUGAGUUCGAGAGCAAAAAACUUAAGCGCCUUUUGAAAUUCGAUGAAAUAAAAUCUUUCAUAAGGUAAUUUAGUCUUUUAGCUUUAAUUUGAUAUAUAACUUGCCUUUGUAGCGAAAAUACUCGCGCGACUAGAAUUUUUUUCUGUGGGCACCUCGUUUUCCUUUACCGAGACCUUAAGCGCUCGACAAACAAAACCUUCAGCCACGUAGUGCCUUUAAACCCCGCCCUAUCCUGCAGAUUAAGUAUUGACAGAGGUGAUGAAAGUUGCAGAUUCAGGUUUGAGAAGUUAUCUUAGUCAUCGAGUCCCAUUAAAUAGCUUUAUUCCUUGUCCCGGUUCUUCCAAAGGUAAAUAGUGCUAUCCACCGGGUAAAUCACUGUCCAGUGGAUACUAGGAAAACCAGUUGCGUUAUCCACUGGACAGAAACUUGUCCGGUUGAUGGCGCUUUCCAGCUUUUAAAAAACUGGGGCCUGUGCCACGCUGCCCUGCAAUUCAAAGAUACGUUGUACUCCCCCCAAAUUUUUAGAGACCCAAUUGCACUGCAUACUUGUCGUUUGCAUGUGUUUUCAAUAAGCCGACUACACAGCUGGGAUUACAUCUGCUCAUUUCCCUCAGGGAGUAAAUACUCAACUUAUUUUAUUUUAAUCCUAGAUGCCAUGAUGGAAGCUGGGCGCAACACAUUGGGCGAAGCGGAACCAAAGCAGGUCUUACUGACUACAUCGCCAGUCUAUACUGGGCGGCGGCUACAAUGUCCUCGACAGGUUACGGAGACAUCCACGCCUACAAUACAGAAAGCCAACUGAUAGCCACAGUGGUCAUGCUCGUUGGUUUAUUACUGUAUGGCUAUUGUCUCAGUAGUAUCGCCGCCACACUCGCCAACUCGGCAGCUCCUAAGUAAGUUUAAAAAGCGUUUAGAGAGAAAAUAGAGAUGCUUAGUCGUUCAGAGUAUUUUAGGCAAUGGUUAAACUGCCGGAGUUACACAUAAACGUACCAAAGUUUUAGAUUUCUAUAACUAAAAAAAAUGUUCAUUAAUUGCGUCAGACGCGAUAUAAGUUAACAAGAACCUUAAGAUCCGACAACGGCGACGCCAGGGAAAACGUAACCGCAAACAACGGUUUUCUUUCUCAUCUUGAACUUUGACUUGGCCAGUAGGUGACAUAAUGCCAUUAAAAUCCCAUGGACGCGAAUUUACUUUAUAAUAAUAAUAGUAAUAAUGUUUCUUUAUUGUUAAUUACAUAAAAAUUGAUAAUUACAGGAUAAUUAUUUUACAGAAGCGCGCACUAAGAAUAGUCAAGCAAAUCUAGGUAUGAUCCCCAAACUGACCCGAUCUUCAAGGAGCAAAAGCUCUUGAAAUGUCAAGACAUCCACUUUUUCCAAUUAGGCCUUUGUACGAUUUCAUUUAAGAAUUCUACACUCGCUCCUUCAAAAUUCAAUAACGUUUUUUCAAAGAACAACCAAAUACAUAAUUAUAAUACUAGGAGUGCUCAAUCUUUUCGUUCACUGCUAAGCAGUACCAAUGCGAGGCGGUUUCCGUUUACUUUCAAGGUCCAAAGUUUUAGAACUCUCUGAAUGCUAAGAUAACCGGUCUUCAGUCCUUCUUCCUUCUUAUACAAGUCUAGUUCCUCAGACCUUAAAAAGAUGGAACUUCAUUAGAACUUGAUGCUCAAUUGUUUCUGGCAUUGAAUGCAACCAGUGUGCAUUGCGGUCGUGCACUUGACCGAAAUCAUUUGCUGUAAUGCAGAAAUUACAAACGUUCUGAUUGAGUUUGAAAAUCGUAUUGUAUCUUCACAACCUAAGGAAAUAGCAGGCUGUGAUACCCUUUUUAAAAGAAACAUAGAUACAAUCCUGUUAUCAAAAACCGAAAUCACGUUCGCGAUUUCUUUAUUACAGCAAAUGAUUUCGGUAAAUGCACGGCCGCAAUGCACACUUGUUGAAGGUGCCCCUUUAAGACUUGCAGUCUCCCUUCAUUUUUAGGGUAGAAUUUUUUGCAAAGAUGGCAGCUGUGCAGCAGUUUAUGACAGAGCAAAACCUCAGCAGAUCAUUGAUGGUGCGAACUCAGAGCUACUUGUCAAUGCUAUGGAGAGUGCACAGGUACACCAACAAUUGAACGUACAAUCCUUUAAUCAUAAAUAAAAAUUGGUGAUGUACAAUCAAACCUUUAUUCAGCGGCUACCCUCUAUUGAACGGUCACUCACCAAAGUGUCGGAAAAAGUUUUCCUUAAUUACUGUAAAAUUGUCCUGCAUUAAGCGAUCCGUCGCGGCCACCUUUUCCGAGGUCCCAACGAGUUAUGUUUAAUUGUCUUCACCCCUUUUACAACUGCAACGGUGACUUUGACAUGAUGUGCCAACUAGUGCAAGGAUACGCUGUGUAUGCCCUUAUUCUUUUUGCGUUUGGUACAAGUAGAGGUAAAAACAGUUUGAGGCCAAUUUGUCGUAGGAUAGAUCCUUCACCACCUUCAUUUUUUUCAAAGAAAACCGUAAGUUACUGAACAUGCUGUAGUGCGUUUGCUUGUCGCUCUUUUGGGCACUUGCUACGCAGUCCCGCAACUCAGGAUUCCGUUUAAAAACUAACAAGGAAUGUUGUUUAGGGGUGAAGCCAUUCCUGGAGGAAAGCGUCUCAUUGAGGAUAUGCCACUAACACUUCAACAGGACGUCACCUAUGAAGAAUCGAAGAAUGUUCUAGAAAGGGUAAUCCGCCUUUACAACUCAUUCAUUCACUGCUAGUUACGGGAAGCUUAGGCCCUUUCCUUGGGCGCUAUAAUUUUUCGGCCACUUUCUCUUUCCGGCAUUAAGGAGUUCCCUGGCAGAGCCAUUAGGCUGAUUUAGCAACAGAACGGGAACGUUAGUUGACGACGGCUCGCGCAAAUCAAACAACUGGCUUGUCCAAUGGCCGAGCGGCAAAAUUGGCACCGGAAGUACAGCUUAGUGCUUUUCGCGCCCUUUGCCGUCGUCAUAUGACGUUCCCGUUCCCGCACCGUCCCUAAAAGCCUUUCUAGGAGGCAGUGCGUAAAUUACCUUAAAAAGCGUAGAAUUACGUACAGGGAAACACGACUCAAUACUGCAGUUGAGUUUAUGAUUUGUUGGAAAUCGUUUUUAGGUUCCCAUCUUUAUGGAGAUAGAUGCCGGUUUCCUGCGACAGUUGUCCCUGAAGACCACAUCGUACCUCUUCUCUCCAGGUGAGUAACGUGAGCAUUGUGUUGUAAUGUAUUUUGUGGUCAAUUUAGGUUUCUUAAAAACUGCCCACAGUACCCCCAACCCAAGCCAACAUUAUCACUUUCUUCUCACUUGGGCCAAAAUGUUGGCUUAGGGGAGGGGUGGGUAGGCAGUUUCCCAGAAACCCAAAUUGCGUAUUCUGCAGGUAGUGUUCAGCGGUUUAUUUCAUCAUGUUUAAACUACAUGUUUUAAUCAGAUUAGCCCCUACGACUAAGACUAAGGAAGAAUCUAGCUAACGGAGGUCUCAUGCAUGAGACAUAAAAUUAUUCGGGUCCGUAGCGUCCAAAAGGUUAAGACACAAACGUUAUAGAAUAAGGCAUAGUAGAGAUAAAGAGUGCCCACACAGUUAACGAUAUGAUUAUAGCGGUUUCUGUAACAUCAGGCAGCCUACACCGCUUUUUGCGAUUGACGUUUGGGGAACGCAACCUAAUCUCGUCCUAAAUCUUUUUUUAUGGAUGUCAUACCAAAUGGCCCGUGCAAAAAAUUUUUGCGGGGCAGCCUCGAUCUUGUGCUGAAAUUGCCUUGGAAUGUGGCUGCAGGAGUCGCCGAAAACACUCUGAUUCUUUGCAGGGGCAUCAUCGAGUCUGCUUGUUUUUGCCAAGAAAAAAGUUGUUUUAAAAACACUUUUUUUGAUUUAAGAUGACUACAUUGUUUACGCUGGGGACAUGGGUCGAGAGAUGUAUUGUGUCAGAAGAGGAUUGGUAGAGGUUAUAGGAGACGACGACAUAACUGUGGUCGCAACUCUGGGACCCGGGGCGUACUUUGGAGAGGUAUGAAAAUCAUUCGUCAAACUCACAAACGUUUCGAUCCGGACAUCGAGAAUGAGAUACACGCCUAACUUGCAGCAACAGCAACAGCAGCAACAGUUUUCAUAUUUUUCUUUAUUCUUUUGACAUUUCUUGAAUCAAAUUUUGUGGACACUUUGAUCAGGUCUUGUUUUAUCAUUGAAGUCAGCUUAAGGUGGCUGAACACAGUUUGUUGUUAGGUUGAAAAUAGUUACCAAACAUUGGGGUGUUUUACUCAAGACCCGUUACCGGUAUAUAGACAAUGACGAAAUAUAUUUACAAGACAUAACGUUUUUCAGAUUUCGAUCGUUUCCAUGGCAACAUGGAUAAUUUAAGACACCACUAAAAUUUUGAAUGAAGUAAAGGUACGAUGUUGUCACUAUGUCAUUAAAAGUAAUGACAUACUGUAGUCAUUAGACCUUUUAUGAAUUUUCACACAGCUUACCAAUAGUAAUCCUCAUUUCUUUAAACUUUAAAUCUAGAUUGGCCUUAUUUUUGGCGAAAACCGCUUGGCAACAGUGAAGGCAAGGACAUUCUGCGAAAUUCUUAUGUUGACCAAGCAAGACCUAGACGAUGUGCUGGCAAAUUUCCCGAUUGUGGCAAGGUUUGAUUAAUGUGAUAAUAAAAAAUAACUCAGCUGUAUUUAGGUACAUUGUAGCUAUACCCCGUGUAGGAAUUCCAUUUUCAAUCGUCCGCUGCUUCGAUUCCUACAAGGGUCAGAGGACUUUGAUUUCCCUUUGUGGGCACAUUUCUAUACCUUGGCUAGCAUUUGAUGCAAGCUCUUAGAAUACUAUGGCAUUUGAACUUGUCUUACGUUGAGGUCAUUUCUCUGAAACAGAACCUGAAAUGAGAUUUUUGCCAGACUUUACGGAUUGAUUGUUUAUGUUUAAGCCAUUUUCAGUUUGCCCAACUCUUUUAAGUGAACGCCAUUUUUCAUGAACAGUUUGAAUUAAAGCAUAGUCUGGAAAAGCAAUUACUUUCUUAAAUUAAGCCCUUAAGAAGAAAAUCUGGAGGUCCAAUGAUUUCUUAAACCGUAGCCUAAGUUAGACUUCGUUUAAAUAACCGACCCUUUACCUCUCCAACUCUGUUUUGUUGGUUUGCUUGUUUGUUUUUCAUUUUUAGGCAAAUCUAUGACGCAGGAAUUAACAACGAGCAUCUAAGGGAUGUGCGAAAAGCUGCCUUAGAGUCUACCAAAGCCGCUGUUAGACGCCUCUCCGUGAAAUGCGCCCAAAAGUCAAAGUCCUCAAGAUUUUCACAGAAAUCGAAAACUUCGCAGAAAUCCCAAUCCUUCCAAGAAUCCAAGAAAAGCAAAAAGAAGGGUGGACGCGUGAGUCCAGAAAUGGGGUAAUUUUACUCAAUUCUCUUUGACAUUGGCUUCCAUUUUUAGAGACCAGAAUCAUCAUAUAAUUAAAGAGUUAAGUUUUCACAUCCUUUGAUUUACGUUUAUUUACUUCUUGCUAGUCCAUCAAGAUAAAAUCUCUUCUUUACGUUUGCUCUGUUAGGACCGUGCCGGCAGGCUUGAUGUCAGUCGUGCAGGACUUAAAAGAAGACAUAAACAAACCUCAUCGCGAACUGCAUCCAAUCGCUAGAGUGUUUUCUUUCCUCUUAAUGAGGUGAGAACUAAGAAUGCGUAACUGAUUCUUGUCGGAGUGGUAUAAGCAGUAGCGACCUUUAUAUUUGACUUAAUCGGGUAUGAGUACGAGGGCGAUUUAGGAAAGUUUGAGCCAGUUAUUUCUCCCACAAACUCUCACUGCGCGCGACGAUUCGAAGAUGGCACGCACAGAUCUAAAAACUGAAUUGACAAAUGCAGAUUAACAAAUUUAUUGCCUGAAGCCGCGUUCAGACCGUUGCGCGUACUUUCGUUGUUUUCUUUCUGAAACUGCGCAUUGUCUGAAGCAUCCAUCAGAAUCUUACACAAUUUCUGGCGCGAAGCGUGACAACCAGGGUACUGACAUACAGUGAAACCUGCUCCCCGUUUAUGCGACAACCUAGUUUUUCACGACCAUAUUCUUUCGACCUAAACGUAAAAAUCGCCCUGAGCAUUUUAAGCAGCCUGGUCGCGGAUGUUCAAACGGUUAGAUAGCGCUAACCGCUGGAUAAUUCACUAUCCAGUGGAUUACUUUUAGGGGAAGCCAACAGCGUUAUCCGCUGGACAGGGAUUUAUCCACUGGAUAGCUUUUUACCCAACAUUUGAACAACUGGGCCCUGAUCUAUAUAUUAUGAAGAAACCAUUAGUACUUUUGAACAACUGGGCCCUGAUCUAUAUAUUAUGAAGAAACCAUUAGUACUUUUGAACGACUGGGCCCUGAUCUAUAUAUUAUGAAGAAACCAUUAGUACUUUUGAACGACUGGGCCCUGAUCUAUAUAUUAUGAAGAAACCAUUAGUACUUUUGAACAACUGGGCCCUGAUCUAUAUAUUAUGAAGAAACCAUUAGUACUUUUGAACAACUGGGCCCUGAUCUAUAUAUUAUGAAGAAACCAUUAGUACUAGUUCAAUUCGGUCGGAAUGCCAGUACUUUGAAUUUUCUUAGUGACCUUUGUGUAUUUCCUAUGUAAUAAAUACAAGUAUAUCUACUCCUCUCGUUUCAAUAUAUAAGAAGUAUUCUUGAGGUAGUUUAUAAAUUUACAAUAUUUCUCUUGCAAUGUACAGGCGCGUCAUCUUGCCUGACGGUUUGUACUUCAGGGUGUGGCAGGGAGUGAUCCUUGCGAUAGCCGGAAUCCUUCCUUUUACGUUGACCUUACAGGCGGCUUUCUUGCACACCAGCACAGCCCUAUGGAUCAUGAAUUACUGUUUUGACUUCAUCUGUUUGGUAGACAUGUAAGUAGUAGAUCGCUGCUUUCUAUUCUUUUACAAAGGCUUAUAAAUGACUGUUGUUUAGGAAGACAAAGCAAGAGAUUCAAUAAUGUAUACUGCCGCUUAUAAGAAAGUGAUUUCCCAUUUAUCAUUUAUUUAUUUGGAAAGAUCACCGUUUAAAAUAUCGUCGUUGUCAUGGCUGAAUGUUUAAUCGCGCCUUUCGCAGCAGAAAUAAAAAAAAAAUGUACUAAAGUGAAUUAGUUUGGUAUUUCAUUGCUGUUUACAUAAUAAAUAAGACAUGACAUGCCCACUUGUAAUGUAGAAUUUGUAAUAUUCUCUAUAAAUUAUUUUCUCUUCGUGAAUUGCUAAUGAGUUUGUUGAGAACACAACAUCAGACUGGCCUCAAAUUCUGUCAAGAAUCCGCUACGCGUAGGAUAUUAGCGCUGUAAUAUGUCACAUAUAUCUAGUAGAAUCAUUUUUUAAUCCGUAUAUUCAUUGUUAAUCAGUCUUUACGUUUGAAGAUGUAAAGCUAUCUACGGUAGAUAUGCAUCAAACAAUCUCAUUUAUAGCUAUUUAUCCAUCCAUCCAUCCAUUUACUCAUUCGUUCAUCUAUCAAUGCAUCCAUCCACCCAUUUUUUCAUCCAUAUAUUCAUCAAUUUAAUCUAGCCAUUCAUUCAUUCAUUCGUUCGUUCGUUCGUUCGUUCGUUCGUUCGCUCGUUCAUUCAUUCAUAUGUUCAUUAAAUAAGGCUCAAUUAAAUAAAGAGGAAAAAUGAUAAAUAACGACUGAGACCUUUAACACCCUUUUUUUGGUUGAUAUAACAACACACUUAUCUUGUCUUUUUGCUUUGAUUUUAGGUACAUCAAGUUUCAUUUGGCUUUUUAUAAUGAGAACAACGUACUUGUAACCCAUCCAUUGUACACUGCUCGAAAUUAUCUCAGGUAACGAAUCAACUCUAAUUCAUUUGACUCUACUUGCAAUGAAAUACUGUGUAAGCAUUAGGAGUACAUAUCCACUGACCGUCCAAAAAAAAUUGAUUAUUUUAAGUGCUGCACGUCGAAUGUGUCGUUGUAUGAACCAUUAUUCCCAGGCGAAUAACAUGUGAAAAUAAAAUGCUUAAGUUAAACUGUGGAAUUGUGGUACAAGAAGUUUCCCAGUGGCAAUACAAUAUCGCAUGUACAAUGUGUAAUAAAAGAAACUUUGAAAUUACAGAAUUGAUUCCUCUUUUGCUAACAUUUUUCUUGCAGAACGAACUUUUCUUUGGAUCUGCUUUUUUCCUUCCCUACUGACAUCAUCGUGUUGGCCAUCUGGCCUGACAAUCUUGGUAAUAUACAGUUUUACGUCACUUAGCACAUGAAAACUUCUAAUAGAGAUUGGGACAGGUUUCUCGUAUCUCUCGACUAUCUCACCAGCCUCAGUGCCAAUGAUACCAUAUCAUUUCUGAAAUGCUUCUCGGUGAACCACCAUAUCAAGGAUAAGGAAAUGACUGCGAAACCGUGGACGAAGACCCUGCUGGUUGUAAAAUUUGGAUCUAAAGAAAAGAGAUCUAAUCAGCUAAAAUAUUGAGAACAAAAAAACGAGAAGUUUAACGACUACUGCAAAGCUGACAACAACAUGUAUCGAUUUUUUAAACAAUAUUUCGACUGGCCAUACCAGCCUUCUAAUUCGCCUUUGUCACGCGGUAGCCAUUUUGUCUCAGGAAAUUUAAAAAGCUUUGUUUAUGCACCCUUGCCUCGUAGACAGAACGAGGCUAGGGGUGCAUAAUCAAAGCUUUUUAAAUCUCCUGAGACAUAAUGGCCACCGCGUGACAAAGGCAAAUUCCUUUUGAAAUUAGUAACUGGUAUGGCUAGCCGAAAUAUAGUUUAAAAAAUUAAUACACGUUAUUAUCAGCUUCGCAGUAGUCUUUGGACUUCUUGAUUUUUUGUUACCAUAUCAAGCUCUAUGGUGGAAGUAGACCACUUACUCAUUGCCCACUUCAGAAACUUAAGGGAGAAUGGGUACAAGGUUUGGGUGCAGUGAUUUCUGGGAUCGCAUGGGAGGAAAAGAAUUAGUUGUGAUUGCUUGAUGAUAUUCAAGGUAAUCAUUCACCAAUCAUAAGUAAUGCUUUUCCACCCAAACAGUCCUAAGAAUAGAAAAAUAGAAACCUUGGGUCCAUUCCUUUUAUAGAGUCUGAAAUAAGAAAUUCCGAUACAGUCACAAUGAAUAAGGCCUUCUCGGCUGGUAAACUGUGAAGAGAUUUAUGUGAAGACUUACUAGCAAGAUAGAUUGGCAUUGAUCUUACCUCUUCGUUAAUAUGAUUGUGGGCUUUUAAAUCAUUACCAUACUCACAGCCUUCAUCUUAAUGCUUUUCCCUCAGGUGUUCUUCGUAUUCUGGCCUUGGCCCGUCUUAACAGAUGUUUCUAUAUUUACAAAGUGGUGAGCGAACAAUCGAUAACAAUCAAGUUAUCACCGUUUUCUAAUUGUCAAAGCCUGAAAGGAAAAAAACCUUCUCUGACCUUUAUGGCUUUGUAUUAAAUAAGUAUUCGGACAUAAAAAAACGUCGAUAUCCGCGCUUUUCCAUUGUUUACCUUUAAUUUCAAUAAAUGGAAGAGUGGGCCAUAGUGACAUAAUGUUAGUACAGGAGGUCAUUACUAAAAACAAUAACUUUCUGUCCGCCAGUUCAGUGACCACAAGGCCUCAGAGCUCAGGUAUCCUGAGAUGCUUAAAGAGCUCAACUGGAGAACCUUAAAGAAUCCAAGAGUCGACGCUCGCCUGACCAUGUUGUAUAGGAUCUCUAAAAACUUAGUUGCAGUGAACCCAGGCGACAAGUUGCGUUCACCAACCCACAGACUGAAGUACACAUGUCCAUGAUCACUCUUUCAUCCCGAUUUCCACCUUUACAACCUCUCACGUCUUUCUGUCCAAGAACUAUAGUUCAGUGUAACUCCCUGCCUCUAGAUGCUUUUACUGUCUCAGCUGAUCCUGCUCAGUUCCGGGCCACAGUGUGCCUAAAAUCACCCAUCAAUAUCUGGAGUGAUUUGGGACAUAUCGUUUCGGAAUUGAACUACGUCUACUAACUAAUAGGCUACUAAUCAACUAGUUACUUGUUUUGUUUGCUUGUUUUUACACUACUGGCUAACAAUCCUCUUUUUGUGGGGUUGCUGUAUUGGUAAACAAAUAAAUAAAUAAAUUUUUUACUUUCAUUUUUAGUUUUACCGAGAUCACAGCAAUUGCGUAUCUCCAUCACUUAGGCCGAGAUAGCGACUCAAUUUUGUUGUUUCAUUGUUCCCUAGUUGGUGCUCUUGCAAACAUUCGAUUCCCCAAUGGCCGGCAUGAUCUACAUUUAGUGUUAAUUUUUCUUCUUUAAUAUUUUUUUCUUGCAGCACCAAUUUUUUCAUUUCAUGGCCGACUCGAUUGGAAAGAACACGAACCUGAUUGGGUAGGUAUAAAUUUUGAAACUAACGCAAACUCUAAACAAGUAGUCGAUGAAUUAUUUUCUGAAAAAAAACUGAACUUGAAGCAAAAGCAAGUACAGUCAACUCAAAGCGCGGAGGGAUGGAGCGAUUGUAUGUUAAUAAUGGUAACAGAACUUAUUGGUGUCCAAUUCAGUUUGUAAUCGUGCAAGUGAUUAACAAAAUCACGCGUUCGUCCGAUUUGUUAAUCACGAGUAUGACAUUACAGACCGAAUUUGAACGACACCAUGUCCUGUUACCAAUAAAUUAUAACCAUUAAAUUUCCGAGAAAAAUUUUUUUUUUCAACGUGAAAGAGCCUGUAAUACCAAAUUUCCAAAAUUAGGGAAAAUAUCACUGAUAGAGACACUGUCUCAUGUUACAAAUUCGUCCAUUUGGAGGGUAAGUGGUUGUUGCUAUAGUUAUUGUGAUAAAUUCUGUGAUUGGCGAGUUUAACUGAGUGCACUUAAUAUGAUUGACUGAUGUUACUUCCGAUUACAGCCAACUGUCCGACUACAACCCUACACAAUGAUUAGUGAAUAUCAUGAUUAAGAAUGUAAUCUUUUUUUUUCUUUUAUUUUGUCUCGAACUGUUGAGUUGUCAAUAAAGGCCUUGGCUUAAGUUUCAUCAGAUGAAUUUCCACCUGCAUGAAGCGUUUUACUUGUCACUAACCCCAGACUAACGCCCCGUCCACACAAAUACGUUAACAUUUUAAAACGCAUACAUUUCGAAGCGUUAAGGCCUUCCGUCCACAUUAAUACGCCGAGCGAUUUCAUCGAAAUGUAUCGAUUUAAAAACGCUCUAACUGUGAUCUUACACGAGACGAUUCGCAAAAACGAAUUUUGGUGCGAAACAGCGUUACAAUAUUGGUGCGUCAUUGUUUUGAAAAGUUACAACAUUGUUCCUACCAUGAUUGAAACGAUGUGUUGCGCUAAAAAUCGUCGUUGAGAAUCGUACCGUGUAACAUCACCUUCAAAGUGGAUCAAAACGAAAACAAGUACAUAUCGUAUAUACACAGGACAUCAGAUGGAUGAUCGAGAAAGGUCUAAGACGCAUCAAAAAAAAAACGAUGAUAAAGAAUAUUGCAGGCGCUUGCGUGUAGAGUUCAAUUUGCGUCACAACGUGCAAUUCUAUCGUUUUCGGACGUUUUAGUUAGGACAGUUGCAAACGUAUCAAAACGCGCGGUGGUGUGGGCGUGAAUAAUGUCGAUCGAUGCGUUUCCGAUGACAACGCAAACGCAAACUUUUGAAAACGCAUUAGUGUCGACACGGCCUAAAGUGAAGCUAAUUGCUGUUAAAAGUCGAUUAAAACCGUUUCAAGGCUGUUCUAGAUAUAGAAACCUCUGCUAGUUCUUUCAUAAACUAUGUCUUAAGUUCAAAUUAACGUAUUUUUCAAACCCUUUUUUCUGAACAGACAACUCAAGUUCGCAUUGUACAUGGCGGCAUUUACCCAUUGUAUAGCUUGCGGAUGGUUUCUGCUCGCUUGUAAAGGACUCGAAAAUGGCAGUCAUUCCUGCCAAGCAGAUUCUUGGGCGGAAGUGGGUAACCGAGGGCUAGGUAUGUUGAAAGCUGUUUGGAUUACCGUAUUUACUCAAAAGAGGGCCGCGGCGCUUAUAUGAUAAUGGCCUUUUUCCGCGGAUGGUAUAUAUUUCAAACUACUUAGGCCCGGUUUAAGUGUUGUAUUUCACAUGUGCCGAAUUUAAUGCUACUAUUGAGAAAAAUCUAGUGUUCUCGUUUAUUUACAUUAGAUUAGGCAAAAUGUGAAAUGCUUCACAGCUCGAAACAUGGCACUAUGUCACCAUUUUUUUUUCUUUCUCCUUGUCAAAAACGAUAACAUAAUUAUAAAGAACGAACUCAAUAAAAGUCAGUUUUGACAUUGCCAUUGUCAGAAAAAAAACGGUAAGAAGUCAAUGAAAGUGAGGACAGGAGAGAAUAAUUCUCUCUUCUCCAGGGCGCAGUAAUAUGCAGGGAGACGACUCUUAUUUGAGUCGAUACGGUAGAACUUAACUGGAACUGCUUUGUCUAGCGAGGGAUAGAAAUGUGCAGUUAAUUUUUUUCUUGUUUAAUUACAUAUAUCAAAAGAUUUCUGAUUGUGUGAUCAUGAUUUUAAUUCUCGGACUGAUGAGAGUUCACUGUGAGGAGAAAUUUCAUUUUGAAGCUGAUCGUGAGGUACCUACUCACGUACCCGAUAGAAAAAGCACAUUUGAGGUAAACUGACACUUUUAGCGGAGGAAUUUGGCGUUAAUUAUUCACAACUGGUUUUAACCUUUCAUCUACAGGAAAUGAAGCUGUAGGUUUUCAGUACGUAACAAGCCUUUACUGGGCAGCGGCUACUUCAGCCUCUGUUGGUUACGGGGACAUUCAUGCUCACACCAUGACAGAGGUAACAAGAAAAGAUUCCCUUUUGUUUAACAAAAACAAAUAGUGCUUAAAAAAUUUUAGUAUUCACAAACGGUUAAAAUGAGGAAAACGUUAACAAGGAGAAAUAAUUGUGGGCAUAAGAACGAAACAGCAAUCUUUUUUUACUAAAACGUUGCAUUAUUUACGUUUUUGGGCAAUCAAUUUUCUUCCUUGUAAAAUAUAGAGUGUUUUCACUCACGUGUCCAGCAUCUAUGCAAAUUUAUUAGAGCAAAAGAAAACGUUUGCAUAAGAAAAGAGUUAAACUCCCACAGGACUGGUUUGGGACACCAAUAUGGCCGCCGUGACGUCAUGUGAAAACACUCUAUGACCUAAUGACCACUCCAGAAAAUACCAUAACAUACCAUAAUGCUCUUUGUUUGUCACCCCAAAAUAUUGCAUAUGCAUUGUCUUCAGUUUUUCUUGGGAGUUAAAAUGGCCCUUAGAGAAACUGAAACAAUGCUUCCGCAAAAUUUGGGGUGACAAACAAAGAGCAUUAUGGUAUGUUAUGGUAUUUUCUGGAGUGGUCAAUUGUAGUCUCCAGCGCAGCUGUUUUUGUCUGUUCACGCAACGCUCCUACCCAAGACGCCUCCUUUCAGUUGGCUGGGGAGGCCCGUUACGAGACAAAAAUUACUGCGAUGGAGUCUAAGUGUAGCUCAGCUGCCCAUGUUAACAAAUUUCCAUCGUGACUGUAAACGCUCUAUAGUGAUUCCCCCGUAGGGGUUACUUUAGGAAUUUUUGGGGCAGGGAUGUGCCGCUGGGACCCUGGAACCCGUUAGCCUAUGCUAGAACUAGUUCAGCUGAAUUUUGCCACCCUUUACUAAACUAAAGUCCCAAAAUCCUCCCUAUCCUAGAAUAGCUUUUAGGCUAAGUUGCGUAAAUUUAAACUUGGCGAUUUGUUUUUAUAUAUAUAUAUUUUUUUGGAGUGGCAAUUUCCGGUUUCUCUAGUCUUGACUAAAAUCUUUAACCAAUUGCUCAGUUUCCUGGAAAAUGUUACCCUUUUCUAGACCCAAACUCCUGAUUUAUAUACCCUAUCCCAGAGUAAACCCCUGGAAGCCCUCACCCUUCACAGCAGCACCUACCUAUAUAGCCCAUAUGUGAGAGUACCCCCAACCCCCGCCCCAGGGUGAUACUGUUGACGCUUUGACUGGUAAAUUGACACGGUUUUGACAUGUGUGUUUUACAGAUGACGUUUGCACUAUUUUGUAUGAUUAUUGGCAUCGUAUUCUAUGGUUACAUCAUUGCCAGUGUUGCUGCUGGUCUGGCAAACGCUGAUGCACAGCGGGCUCGUUAUCAAGAAAGACUCGAUGCCAUUAAAAGCUUCCUUCAGGUAGCUAAUACACGGCCAAUAAACUGAACUAGUUUAAACAGAGAAGUGACAUUAUUGCAAUUUUUUCCAAUCUUUUACUGCUGCUUGGAGUGAGACAGGGUGUAAAAGAACAAAAUACAAUAAGCUGCGCGGCAGGAUUAGCUUAGUCGGUAGAGCGCUUGACUGCAGAGCGGGAGGUCGUGGGCUCGAUUCUCGGGACCGAGAGCAACACUCGGGGUCUUAAAAUGACUGAGAAAUGAAGAUACUGUUUUUGCCCUGCAAAUGGCUCGACCUUCGCGUGGCUCGAAUGAUCACGUAAAAUGGCGGUCUCAUCUCCAGUAGGAGACGUAAAAAUAGUGUCACCAAGUGCUUUCGUGCUAAAUACACUGACACGUAAAUAAAAAGCUUUUUCUAAAGUUAUAUUGUAAUAGCUAAAAUUUGGAUUUUUAGAACAAAUCGCACCAUGUAGGGAGUCAGAUAUCAGAAUAUAGGAUAUGCGCUAAUCUUUCUUCGAACACCUCGACCCAUAUGGAGGGUUAGAAUAGCUGAAAAUAAAGAUGUAUGAGGGUGUACACCUCACUUAGUGCUGAUUGAUUUAGUAGCAUAAGCAUGUUAAGAGACGUUUGCUUUUAUCCUCUCAGGAACAAGGUAUUUCAGAGAGCCUUACAUCACGUAUCGUGAGGUAUGUGGUUUCCAUAAGUUUGUAAAUAAGAGGUAAAAUUAAAUUUAAAUAAGAGGUAAAAUUAAAUUUAAACCUUCGCAAAUUAUUCUCAUAAACACUUCAAUAUUAAAACUGUGGCCAUAUUCAUUUUGUCUUAUUAUAUCAGAACGACGUUUUGAAUAGCUCUCGCUGAGUGCAUUACAGUCAUAUUAAAACACUCUUCCCAUAGUUGCUCAGCGUGUAAAAAGUAAAAACGAAGCACAUUUUUCGCAUAAGUAAAUGUCGAUUUCAAAUAUCGUUAGAACACCAUUAAUUAUCCUAUAUUCUUCAUUCUGCAGUGUAUAGCAGCAUUUAAACCUUUUACUUCCUGUGAUUGAUCGAGUUAAUAGUUUUCUUCAUUUAAAUAGCUAUAUUGUCCCCGCCAAGAAGAGGAUGCGUUCUACUAGCGAAUAGGACAAUAUUGUAAAACUUCUUACAAAAAAGACUUCUUAUUUACCCCGUUUCCCAGCAUGCUAAGCAGGUGGAACGCGUCACUUAGAAUCUAGAUACAGACCGACGGCGUAGAAUAUCUGUGACGAAGCAAGGCUACGUACUCCGCUCCGCCCCAUUGUAAUCCGGGGCACUUUCAUUGUAUCAGUUCUUUUCUAUUAAAUGCAAAGUUAAGUAAAGAAGUUGUGAAAUCUUGUGAAAUCAACUUUUUUACACUCCGACUGUGAAAGUAAGAUUAUCAUAAUUUCGAAUUUUACAUCUGACAUUUACCUUCUUUUUUUGUACCAGCUAUUACGAAUAUCUCUGGCUCAGGAAUAAAGGCGUGGACGCCAGUUCACUGUUUGAAGGUCUACCAUUAUCGCUACAGGCGGACAUUUCCUUAAGCCUAUAUAAAGACUUGAUCGAAAGGGUAAAGUGUCCUUUGUAUUGCUGAAUUAUUUUUCAUCCAUUAUUUUUCUCUUGUUUGUUUUGGUUUUAAGCUGAUCUAAUCAACAACAAAAUUACCAUGAUCGUUAAUCCAUUUUACAGAAUUUACAUCGAGAAAUCGGUGGUGUGAAGGAAAUAAGGACCUGUUUUUAAAAAAUUAGUGGCAACUUUAGUGGCUCAACAUGCUUUAAAAACAGACAGAUAUAGAAAACUUCGGUUAAUCAUUUUGACCCAACAAAACUUUCCUUUCUUAUACAAAGCACAUACUCAAGUCAUAAAAAAAGCUACAUAACGGCUAGAAGAACGUCCUGCCUAACGAAAUUUUCAUGAACUUUUUUCUUUAAACCCUCAUUUAGUAAUUUUACUGCGGAAUUUCUUUUUGUUUCAUGAUUGCCAUUUGACUCCAGUCUCCGCGCAGUAAAAAAUGGACAAUGCAAAAGUGACGAGCAACCUUAAAAAAGGAAUAAACAUUUUGUCCUUAAACUUAGCACAUGAUUUUACUUGAAAAUAGUUUUUGAUAAAUUUAAGGCUAUGGAGAUGUGUAUCCAAAGUUCUCGCAUCUUUGAAUCUAGAUUUUAGUUAAAAAAUUAAGACAAAAACGCUGAUCCCAACAACUGCCUACGUUUAAUGUAGAGUACCUUUGUCCAAUCAGGUACCGUUGUUUGAGGGCACAGAGAUCGGUUUCUUGAAGAUGUUGUCCAUGAAAGUGAAACCUGUUUAUUUCCUCUCCAAGGAGUACGUGGUACGAAAAGGCGACAUUGGACAGGAGGUAAGAGGGAGUGGCUUAAUUAAUACACUUCAUUAUAAUGGUUUUAAUGAUACAUAUCAAAAUGGUUACUGACCAAGCGCGAAGUCAAGACGGCUCGAUACUGGCCAAGUUCUUUUUUGCGUGUUUAUGGACCGUCACGAAGUGGAAGUCCAUGUUGACCGACCAAGCUUGGCCACUAAAAGAUUUAUAAAAGGAACUUUUUCUUGCGCGACUAACGGCGGAAAUCCCGAGCGGGCAAGAUUGGCGGAUCUUACCCGCUCGGGUAGCGAAUCAGAGAACAGGAUUCGCUUCAUCUUGCCCGCUUGCGGGUUCGCCCAUAUGAUAAGCGCGAUUGUUGUACAAGUUGCGCGGAAAGGUUCGUAAGGUAAGAUAAAGCGCAUACGAACCAUAAAGCCAACAUGGCCAGAUAUCCCUGGGGCCGCAUUUCCCGAUAUUUAAUGGACUCGGAAAGCUGUUGACGUUUACAUUCAAGAUAGAGUUUCAACAUUUUUUUGCAGAUAAAAUGAUAAAAAAAAUCAGUCAACAAAACAAAAUAGACUGGUUUGCCAGCUUUUAUUCUUUAGAUUUUGAUUUGAAUGAUUCUUUGCAAUUCGGGCCUGAAAAAUACCGAGACUUUCGAGAAACGUACAGAUCCCAAAGUCCGAAGCAGAUCAGAGGGAAGGAUUCCCUUCCCCUCUCUCCCGAGAGAAUGGGAUGUCAGUCCAUCGCAGGCUUACCUACGAAUGGUACACAAUUAAGAGAAAAAGAGGAGCAAAGCUUUCUGUAUAGGCCGAAAACAGAUGGACAGUUAGGCUUCCAAAGUUAACCGUGUUAAGCGCUAGGCCACCAUGCCUCCAGAAAAGCUCGAUCGUGCGCUAAUUAAAAGGUGCAAGUUAUGUCUGUUGAACCAUCAAAAUGAGGACUUUAUUCUUCGUUUCAUCUUGAUUUUUUAUUAGAGAGCGCGCUGUUCUAAGUUAUCUCUUAUAUACAAACAACUGUUCUCCCCUUCUGCGGUUAUGGCUUGGUGGAUUUAGGGUUGGAACUGCUCUUUAAUUUUAAAUUUUAUCAAACUUAAAUACGUAUUCUAGCCAAGUCAAACUAACUUCCUGUUCUGCAGAUGUACUUCAUUCACCGUGGUACUGUUGAAGUUGUUUCCGAGCACGAUGAACCGAUUGUGUUCGACACGAUGGGGGAAGGAAGAUUCUUUGGUGAGAUUAGCGUGGUCUUCAGCUGUCCAAGAACAGCUUCUAUUAGGUAAAAUGGUUCGCCAUAUAAAAAAACCCCUUUACCUUUACGUGAUAGUGAAUUGACUUCGAGCGUGGUUGUAAAAUUGUGUGGUGGGUCCCAAGGUGGAGACGAUGUCAGCAAGGUACCUACAAUCCUGGACAAAAGUCCUUGGGACAGUAAGAGCAUAACAGCAAUUCUGCGCGUAUCACAAGUAAUCUUUAAAAAAGAACAGUGCUAUCGAUCAUUUUAAAAAUCCAUAACCCCUCCCUCUUCCCCACCCAGUACAAUGUUGAAAGAUAAAAAAAAUUGCCUAGACGGUUUCAACACUGUCCGUGGGGUGGGGGGAGGGGAUGGGGCCGUGUAGGGUUAGUAGUGCACGGAUAUUAAUAUAGCGUGUGUUAAAAAGCACUCGAACUGUAUAACUGUCCCAAGAGUUUUGUCCAUGAUUGUAUAUUUUAGAGCGAUUAAACUUGCUAAAUCAAGUGAGAAAAGACUACCGAAAACUAAAACCAAAAAAACUGCAAACGAUAGAGUGCACAUGUGACAUACAAUCAAUUUUGGUAAAUUAGCUCAUAGUAAGUAAAAAAAAACGGGAGCUAAGCGUUCUUAUACAGGUACCAGCAAGGUAACCAUUUUUCGUAAAAUCCAGCUAGUGGUCUAUUAUCAAUGCUGCAUUCUGAUUGGUUGAGCUACUACUAAGCUAUAUGUUAUAGCCCACUAGUAGUGAAAAGCGCCAGCUUUUUGGCGCAAAAAAGGAUUAAAGUCUGUCUUUAACUAGCUAAAAUUUUUUAUUCUCGAUAUUUUUGACCAACUAGUUGGACUUUACUAAAACAAUUAUUCCUCUCUGACUCAGAGCCCGUUCGAACUCAAGGAAUAAUUGUUAAAUAGCUUAGGCGGACUGUUAGACGCCUAAAUCCACCUGUUUUUUUUCAGGGCGCAAACAAAUUGUGAUGUGUUUGUGUUGACCAAAAAGGACUUGGACGAGGUACUUACGCAUUAUCCUCAAAUUCGAAAGAAAAUCCUUGAAACAGCUGAGGAAAGGCAGCGGAUGGUGGCAGAACGUGCUAAGGCUUUUGCUAAGAAAAAAGAAGAGGACAAAAAAAGAGAAGAAGAAAACAAGCUCAAGGUUUUUGAUUAUGAUUUUUAUUUUUGCAUAGCCUACACGGCAGAUGGAUUAAUAGAAAUUAAUGAUGUCUUAAAUCAAAUUAAAAGAGGCAGCCUGGUAAAGUAUCUGGGUCAUUGUUAUACUUGAGACACGUUGCCUAUUCUUGCCACUAAGAUUUUGUUGUAUCGUGUUAAAGACCCCGAAACUUGUUAUUAUUUGUUUAGGAGAAAGAAGAAGGCACCGAUCAAGAAACACUUACUAUUGAAGAGCCCGCUGAGCCUACACCAACGUUUCAACAACGCCUGCUUACCAGCCUUAAAGCAUUUAAAGCCCGUUUGGCAGACCUGUUUAUUCACUUUGUUAUCUUGCCUGAUAGCAAGCUAAGGCUUAUCAAGUACAUCAACUGCCUGUUUGUGUUUGCUACGACCCUCACUAUAACAUACAUGGUAAGUAAAACAUGCGAUAUUCAAGCCGACUCGUCUCCCGUCAAGUCGUCUCAGUCUCAGUAUCCUAUUAGGGAGUUUAAGCAUCAACUACGGAGACGGCUACAAAAAGUUCGCUUAAAAGGUAAAUUCGCGCUACUUCAAUUUUUAUCGCUCUUAUUCUAAUUCCAUCCCGUUAAAUUCGUCAAAUGUUGGCAAAUUUUCCUGGAGUUGAUUUCUAAAAGGAUUUUGUCACAGUUUAGGAAAAGAAAAAGAAAGUCGUUGUCUUUUAUUCACGUCCUCGACAAAACGUGAAAUUAGACACUUUCACGUUUUACCUCUGAAUAAAAACUGACAACAAAUUUCUUGCUUUUGCGUGGAUAGAAUAAACAAUGAAUGACAGCAAAGGAAAAUCUUGGUCAAGUUACCUUUACGCCAAAACCGUCACGUGCGUAAACGGCUAAGAGCGACUAACUUCCAUGCACUCUUGUCGGCUCGAUCGAGGAGUUUCUUCACCGACCAGUUUAUUUUUUGAGAGAUUUUGCGCGAACGAGAUUUUUAGUACAACAUGUAGACCGGUCAGCAAAACCUGCAGAACUAAAAAUGGUCUUUUUGAGACGUUUAGCUUCCUUGAAUGCAUUCAAAGACGAGGGGAGCUUUCAUUUUCGCAGGAAAUGGUGCUCCAAAAUGUGUCUAGAAAUAAAGCGGUUCUCGAAAAAUCCGGCAGUGACAUAGGCCUAGUAUGAAGUUGCUCGCUCCAGAUUUGGGCUGCUGUGCAGACAUGAUUCUAAAUCUCUCUAUGUCCUCUCCGUAACUGUUGAUGGAGCUGGGCCAAACAAGAACUUGAAACUAUCAUUAAAACUAUCACCCAUUUAUAUUAUUUCAUUUUUUAAAUUUAAAGUUCUGUUGUGUUUACUGAUGUUUACCAUCGUAUCUCGGUUUUAAUUUAGGCUGCUUUUCAAGAUCAUCCUUGGUAUCUCUUUGCCUUUAACUACUUAUGCGAGUUAUCGUUUUACGUAGAGGUAAGUCAAAUAACUUACACAUCACAGUUGCAUUUAACAUUCUCAUAAAAUCCGACAGAAAGAAAACUCCCCUUUCACGUUUGUGUUUUUCAGAUCUACCUCAAUUUCCACAUGGCCUACAGGAACAACAUUGGUGAAGUUAUUUCUGAUGGAAAAACAUUAUUGACUAAUUACGUUAAAGGAAAGUUCCUUCUCGAUGUUUUGGCUUCUUUUCCUAUUGACCUUUUUGCCCUCGCUGCACCUUCGAACAAGCGGCUACUGGUGUUGUCAUACCUACGGCUGCUUCAUUUGCUUCGCCUCGUACGAAUGCAACAGUUUUUCUCAGAACUGGCCCAGAGGUUAAACAUCGAGUAAGUAUCGUCUUCCAAGUAUUGGGUAAAUAUGCUUUUUCUUCUUAGUCUGUUGUUUUAAUUUUUCUAAAUUUAAUAAAUGAAGAACGUUAGAGAUCGGGGGCAAUUAAAGUGAUACCAAGAGCCAUUGUGGCUGUUGAUGAUACCUAGUCCUUCACGUCCACAAACACCUUUCCAUAGAGCGAGCUAGGGUGUUUAUAUGAAAAAGAAAGUUGACUCUUUGCCCGAGCCAACAGCCCUCGCGCACGCUUUGAUUGUCUCGUCUUGAUAGAGUUGACCUUGCUCAGCGAGCCUAGUUGUUUAUAUGGAGAAAAAUUGGCCCGGUUCGGAGGGUGACUCAACAAUCGCUAACGUGUGACUCGGCCAGUCGGGUCACCCUUCUAGCCAAGCCAACUCUUUGUUUCUAAAUAUAAACAGUUCGCCACAUUUUGUAAGGAAAUGUACGAAAAGUCGACUCACUCAGGGUAGCUCGGGUAGGAACAGGUAUAUUUCUACCAGGGAAAACUUUUCUCCAUAUUUACAGGGCUUUAAGAAAAGAUUUUUAAAGUGGAAUCGAGUUUAGGUUAACUUCAAACACCAGUCUCAAGUUGAUGAAUUUCUCAAAAUUUUCACAAAAAGCGAACAACAGGAAAAGAUAAUACUUUGACAUCUGGUACAAAUCGAUUCUUGUUUCUUAUUCGUAAACGUGAUUUUAAAUAUGUGUUAUUUUACGACCGCUACAAGAACGGCAGUCAUUAAUUGACAUUUUUUUCCUUUCAUUUUCAGCGUGUUUAAAAUGCGUAUGAGCAAAUUUUUCUUCCAGCUAGUGAUAGUGAUUCAUGUAUUUGCUUGCGCAUGGUAUUGUUUAGCCUGCCCGCUAAAUGAGUGCUAUCGAGAAGAAAAUUGGGUCAAACAUCAAGGUAAUUCAUGUCAUCAGUUACAGGAUAAAAUAGAUUCAAGCACAUGAAUACUGCUAAAUUUCAGUUUAAUACUAGGCCGCAAAAGUAUCUUAUUUUCCUUUUGAGAUUGUAUUGCGCGCGGCUGACUUGCCUCAGUUUUGGACCGAAUGAAGAUUGCGGAUAUACCUGACUCCAUUCUACUAAGCUUUUUCUCUAAAUACCAACGGAACAGAUUCUUCCGUUUGUCUCAUUCAAAUGAACACCACAACUGCUUUAAUAUUAGCUAUGCUUCUGAUCUGCUAUAUUAGUUUUGCUGUUUCCUUACUGCAGAUCUGCUGGACGCGCCCGCCCUCACCCGUUACUGUACAGCGGUUUAUUGGGUCGUAGCAACGAUGACUUCUACUGGGUAUGGAGACAUUCAUGGCGAUAACUCUUAUGAAAUGGGUGAGAAAAGCGAAUAAUAUCUUAUUCUCCGAGUUAAUUCUCUUACGCUAAUUUGCAAGCAAUAAUACUUUAAUAGCAGCUAAUUCAAAAUAGUAAAUGAAAACGUAACAGAAAAAGAUACGCAAGUCUGCAGAGUCCUUUGCCUUCCACUUUUCUUAAGAAACAUGCAAACCAAUGCAACAACUGCCAAAAAUGUUGAGACCUGCAGUGUAUCGUGGGAAGGAUACAACCCAUAAGGCUGGAGACCAUGCGUAAUGCACGUGCGUGGCCCCACAAUGUUGGAAGAGCUGUUCAAACGGCUCCAAUAUUGCUGCGCUACGCUUCGGUGAUCACAGAACAAACUGUUGGGAUUUGUUGGUUCAAACGUUUGACUCGUUUGACUUUGAGCAACAAUUCCAAACAACACGCAACAACAUGCAAAAACAAACAGCAGGGUGUACCUACGGACGCGACAUGUUACAUCCAACAAUGCUUGGAGUUGUUGGCCUACAAUGUUGCUUCUGUUUGCACAGGGCUUUACACCUUGUCCUCUUGAUACUGUAGGCUAAGAGCUCUGGAGAAACAAGCGAUAACGGAUUAACAGUCUUUGCCACUCAGGUGGCUUACCAAAUAUUUCAGUUGUUUCACUGUUGGGAGAUUUCUGUUGAACUUUUGAAGUUUAGGCCGUACCAGAUAUAGCCGACUCGAACUCUUUCUAUAUUACAUACCUUAUUUAUCUGAUUGAAGCGCCCAACUUCAAAUUAGCGCCUGCCUCGAAUAAACGCCCCUAACCUCUGAUGAGCACCCACCCCAAACUACCACCCGCGCAAAGAAAACGAAGGUGGAGAUGAAGAGUACUAGUUAUCAUUAUUUUACCGCUCCAUCUGCUUCCCGUUGACUGAACCAUUUGCAGACGUUACGCUGUGAGACAUCUACAAGGUAACACCAGAGAGUUGUUUGCUUAGUGAUCUUACUGAUACAAACAUUGAGAUUGAAAUUGGCAAGGUACUGCUAAGAGACUUCCACGAGGAGUUCUUAAGUAUUUUUUUAAAAAAUAAACUCUUAAUGUUCCUUGGAAAUUAACUAAAAUUACUUGCUGGGAAUAAGGAAAAUUUAAUGAGCUCCCAGGCUGGAACAAAGCCCACCUCGAAUAACUGGCACUCUCAAGACAAAAAAAAAUUAAUCAACGUCCAAGGCGUCUAAUCGAAUAAUAUGGUAUGUAUCAUAUACAUGCACAUUGAUGUUCUCUCCUUCUUAUAGUCCUAGCAAGCUUUGUGAUGGUUUUUGGCAAGUUGCUUUUCGGUUUUAUCCUCGGUAACAUCGCAUCUACUUUGGCGAACGCAGAGGUUAGGAGAGUCAAGUACGAGGAGAAACUGGGCGCCAUUCAGGUAAUUUAUGCAACAGUUUGCCACUUUGUUUCUAUCAUAAACCUGCGAUACUGGCGGCAUGCGGUAACACCCAGGGGUUUUUGGAAUCGCCGCUCGUAGGAGUAAAUGGCAACAAAAUGUUCAAAACUCAAGUGAAACCACGAACCACUGGUGGUUUCACGGCAAAGUUUUGAACGUCGUCAGCUAUGGUCGGCGAAAGUUCUACUUGAUUUGCUUUUAAUGAUAACAUUGACAAUUCCGAACGUGUUUCUCAAACAAACAAAUGAGUUGUACCAUCAUCAAGUCAUUUCCUUCGCCGAGUCCCCAGGAUAGUCUAGACCCAUGGUCCGAGCGAGUUUUGUUGCUGUUAUUCUCUCCCGGCCUUUCGUCUCUGAUACUUCACCGAAAUGCAUUUACAAGGAAGACCUGGAAAGACGCAGUACAUUUCCAUGGUCUGUUAUCUUAUAUAUCAUAGCUCUCGACCAAUCUGCGAGCGAGAAAUAGCUGAGUUAUUGUAAAAUAUCAUUUGGCUAACGUGACAAAUCGUACCGUUAUGAAUAAAGGAAAAUAAUAAAAAUACCCACUAACCCACUAACUUGCAGGCACAUAUGUCAGACCAGCAUAUUCCCGGGACCCUACAAAGCCGAGUCAUGAACUUCUACGAGUUUAUUUGGAACAAAAACAAGUAAGUUUACAGUUCACAGUAUUCUACGUACUUAAAGGGAACUGCGGUCGUGUGUUUACAAUCAAAUAUAAAGUUCCUGUGUCCAGUUCUCUCAAAUUAAAACUUCUUAUGCUGUUACCAACAACACUGAAGUGCUGACAAAGAAAUCUUUGUCAGCAACAGUGUUGGUCUCAUUUGUCGAAUGCCAGUUAAAGCAAUACAGCCCAAAUACAUCUGCAAAAUGAACAACUCAAAUCAAGCUCUAUUGCGUGUUAAAAACCAUACCCGCAUAGCUUAGUUAUGAUAUAAUGGUUUAACUCAUUUUUUAUUUCUUUCAUCGCCAGGGGUGUUGAUCACAGUACUUUGUUCUACGAUAUGCCUAUUUGCAUGAACGGUGAAUUGUGCCUUGGAAUGGUCAAGGAAAUAAUCUGUUCGGUAAGUUAUGCCGUCACGCUUUCUCUAAUGUGAUUGUGAACUUGCACUUUUUGCUUUCAGGUCAAAUUUUAAGUACAGUUAUAUAGGGAAGAUCCCAUAUCAAGAAACUGAGCUGUUCGCGUUCUUUAUCCCCCUCAUUUGUAAUAAAGUUUCAAUUUUCUUCAGGUUCCGUUGUUUGAGAACACUGAUCUUGCAUUUAUUCGUCUGCUCUGCACCAAAGUAAAGCCAGCACACUUCCACGCUAGUGAGUACAUUGUACGUAAGGGAGACAUAGGACAGGAGAUGUUUAUCAUCCGCAAAGGCCUGGUAAGGAAGUUAUCAAGAUACAUAGAACAUUACAACACGCAACACGCUUCAUUAACCUCGUUCCCAGGUUUCUCUCUCCUUAAGAACCCUGGGAACGAGGUUGACGCUUCAUCUUAGCCGUAAAUGGAUCACUAGAUAGACAUACUUACUAAACUAAAUACGGGAAUAUGGGAAGAGGUGGGAACGUGGUCGUCGUGAUAUUAUAAACCCAUGAAUAGUAUUCGCAGAGCCUGGUCUGCAUAUAAUCGUAGGAUUGUCUCGAUCGCGCCUCCAAAAAAACGCAAUCAAUAUGACAUCAUCGAUCUAAAAAGGACCAAAUACCUGAUCAACUGUUUAAACAAGGCACGGCACAAAUUGCAAAAAGGUAUGUCAGUAGACCAGCUGUGGCAUCAUCGAUGUAAAGAAACCUGUCAAACCGGUUAAACCACCAAAUAAUAGCACGUGAAAUUAUCUUAAUGAUCGAUUAUACGGUUACUAGGCUUAAUAGAACGGUGCACUGACUAGUGUAGAUUUCCUGGCAUUUAAAUGGGAUAAAAUAAACGCAGCACAUACGAAUUUUUUUUCAGGUUGAGGUUGUAACUGAUGAGGAUCCCCCAGAAAUCAUCGAGACCUUGGAGAAGGGUGAUUUUUACGGUGAAAGCAGCUUAGUUUACGCCAGUCCUCACAAAUUGUCAGUUCGCGCAGUCACUCACGUAGACAUGCUCGUCCUUACAAAAGUGGACUUGGAUUCAGUGCUCGCUCACUACGAUGAUGUCGCUAUUCAAGUUAAAGAAGUUGCCGAGAGGCUGUACCCUACUCCAUCUAAAACUAAAUGA